AUGCGCCCCUGUACCGCCUCCCCUCUCAUGCUGCUGCCAGGUCCAGAGUGUGUCAUGGGCCCCCCGUACCGACUUCCUACAUGCUGCUGCCAGGCCCGUAAUCUGUCAUGGGCCCCUGUACCCACCGCCUCCCAUGCUGCUGUGCCAGGUCCAGAGUGUGUCAUGGGUUCCCUGUACGGCCUCCCAUUGCUGCAUGCCAGGCCCGUAAUCUGCCAUGGGCCCCUGUACCGACUCCUCAUGCUGCUGCCAGGCCCAGUGUGUCAUGGGUCCCCUGUACGGCCUCCCCAUUGCUGCUGUCUCUAUCGCCACACUCUGCCAUGUGCCACUUUCAGGUCU